UAAAUUGUGUUUUUUUUAAAUAUUGCGCAUGUCACACCUGACUAACGAGUUUAUGCAUCUACCGUGCAGAAUCUGUUCAGUUUGAAACUACACCUUUUUUUUAUCGAAAAUGACACUUCUUAGUCCUAUGUACUUCAUGACUGUAACCUCAGCUUUUUUGUAUUGAAAUUUGUUGAUAUUGUUUACAUAGAUUUCUUAAUAAUAAAUAAUGUCUAGUUUAUUACGCAUUGAUGGUAGUUUAGGGGAAGGAGGAGGCCAGGUAUUGAGAAUAGCUCUCAGUUUGAGUGCACUGUAUUCAAUUCCAAUUGAAAUUGAUGGCAUUCGUGCAGGUCGUCCAAAACCUGGUCUGGCUGCUCAACAUUUAAAAGGAGUCGAACUCGUGAAGGAAUUGUGUAACGCGAAUGUGACUGGAGCUCAUAUUGGUUCAACACGGUUACAGUUUCGUCCGGGCCCCUUGCAGGGGAGACUAAAGGAAUACAUUGCAGACACAAAAACAGCAGGUUGCAUCUGUCUACUGGCACAAGUGGCACUUCCUUGUGCCCUUUUUGCUCCUUCCUCCAGCCCAAUAAACUUAAUUUUAAAAGGCGGGACAAAUGUUCCCAUGGGACCCCACAUUGAAUAUCUCACAGAGGUUUUUAAACCAAUUCUUAACAAAUUUGGAGCUGAUUUCGACUUCUCUGUGAUAAAAAGGGGAUAUUAUCCAGCAGGAGGUGGAGAGUUUCAUUUAAAAAUAAAACCUGUGAAAAAUCUAAAUGCCAUUACGUUAACAGAUGCAGGAUAUCCUGUUAAGAUCACUGGUUGGUCUUAUGUCGCGGGAGUUGUUCCUCUAAACGAAGGUCACAAAAUGGCUAAUAAUGCUAAAGUAGUUAUGACACAAGGAUUAUCGAAACGUGAUAUUACUGUUCCACCCACUGAUAUUCUAGUGUACAAAGAGGAUAGAGAAGCUGCCGUUGGUCAUGGAUCCGGAAUAAAUAUUGUUUGCACGACCAGUACGGGUUGUAUUUUUGGUGGUUCAGGACUUGGAUCAAAGAAGGAACAAACUUGUCCUGGAACAGAAGCUGCGAAUCAGAUUUUGAAACCAAUUUUAUCAAACUCGUGUGUUGAUGAACAUUCCCAAGAUCAGAUAAUUAUUCUGAUGGCCCUUGCGAAAGGAACUUCAAGAAUAAACAUAGGCAAAAGAGAAUUAACAUGCCAUACGGAGACUGCCAUGAAGAUAGCCGAAAUUAUGUUAGGAGACAAAGGCUUGCGUUUUAAUGUAUUUAAAAGUGAUGAUAAAAAUGAUGAUUCCUAUAUUUUAGAAUGUAAUGGUGUUGGCCUAGUGAAUGAAUUUUUAAAAUAAAGUUAAUGAAUAACAAACAAAAAAUCGUGUUUGUAAGUUGAUGAACCUUUUCAAAUAAGUUUGCCAAAAAAAUUUCUUCUCGAAGUUCGAAACAAAAAUCAAAUUUCAAAAUAAAUGUGAUUUCGGUCAUUUAUUUUUUGGACUUCGCACCCA